GCCACCGUAAAGCUUUAUGGGUAGGUUUCCAACGUCCUUGUCCUACCGAGCGCACACCGACUGCCUUCACGCAAAGGGGCUUUGAGGAUCUCUGUCAUUCGCUUGAACUUGAAUAAAAAUCUGAUUUUCAGACAUGAUGGCAGCAAGAUUUCUCCGCCGUUCCCUCCCCGUGCUGAGGCACGCUCGCUCCUACGCCGAGGCCGUGUCCGGUGCCCCGCAGAUGUCCUUCACAUUCGCCUCCCCGACACAGGUGUUUUUCAAUGGGGCCAGUGUGAAACAGGUAGACGUGCCCACACUCACCGGUGCGUUCGGUAUCCUCCCCGCCCACGUGCCCACCCUCCAGGUGCUCCGGCCUGGUGUUGUAACGGUCUUUGGUGACGACGGCUCUGCUGCUAAAUUCUUUGUGAGCAGUGGGUCAGUAACAGUCAACGCUGAUUCUUCAGUGCAACUGCUAGUUGAGGAGGCUGCUCCUUUGGACCAGCUGGACAUCGCUGCUGCCAGGGCCAACCUGGAGAAGGCCCAGUCCGACAUGGCAGGCCUGUCUGACGAGGCGGCGAGGGCGGCGGUUCAGAUCAGCAUAGAGGCCAACGAGGCCAUGGUCAAGGCUCUGGAGUAGACCUGUGGUACGACAUCUCGGCUGAUCAUCACAGACGUGUCCUGUUAAUUAGUUUAACCCGACAGCGUAGUGACGCAUGUGCUCAGUUGUUAAUGGAGUCGAAAAUGGAAAUAUUGACGCCAAAUUACCCUGAGUCACUGUGUCUCUUUCCCCCCCCUCCUCUAGGUAAUCUUUUCUGUUUCUUUGAUGGAAAUUAAUGGUCCAUCUGUUUCCAGCUCUGUCACGUCAGUGUCCAGAAGAGUCCAUGCUUGCUUUGUACAGUGGAUGAAUUACAAAAUAAAUUUAUUUGGAAAUACCU